AUGGAAUUAUAUUCGAUAGAACAAAAUCACGAAGAAUUGGACCUGAAACUCGUGCAAGCAAUAAAAAAUGGUAAUACCGUAGCAGUCAAACAGCUUUUGCAGGAGGGAGCCGAUGUAUGGUAUAAGGACGAAAAGGGAGUCAGUCCCUUGCAUGUGGCCUGCGAAAUUGGUAAUUGCGAUAUCGUCAGAAUGUUGCUUCAAGAAGGACACCCGUGGAAUGCCAUUAACGUAGACGGAGAAACUGCCGGAGACUAUGCCAAACGCAAUGGUCACACCGAGGUUUAUGAGAUGCUCGUUGAAGAGGGUUGUCGAGUCGAAUUGAUUUUUGGAGUGCUUGGCGCAAAAGAGAAAAAUGAACAACCCUCAAACAUCCAGUAUUUAUCGCAGCCACUAAAAUAUUCAGAGGAUGGCACAAAACUAUUGGAUUUUGAAAACAAUGGUGUCAUGAUGGGUUGGGAAAGGCCAUUGAUGGAAAGGCACGCGAAAUUACUUUGCCCGCGAGAAGGCUUGGACAUCCUGAACAUUGGUUUUGGUCUCGGAUUAGUUGAUACAGCCAUUGAAGAAUAUAAACCACGUUCGCACACAAUCGUCGAAGCUCAUCCAGAUGUUUAUAAUCAUAUGAUAGAAAAAGGCUGGGAUAAGAAACCAGGUGUUAAAAUAGUUUUUGGAAGGUGGCAAGACAUUCUAGAUCAGCUUGAAACAUAUGAUGGCAUAUUUUUUGAUACGUUCGGCGAAUUUUAUCAAGACUUACGCGAGUUUCACGAAGAAGUAGUCAAUUUUCUUAGGUCCGACGGAACAUAUUCAUUUUUUAAUGGUUUAGGUGCAACAAAUGCAUUUUUCCAUGAUGUUUAUUGUCGGAUUGCCGAAAUGCACCUGGCCGGAGUGGGACUACAAACGGAAUUUAUAGAGAUCCCCAUGGAUCCUUCUGAGGAAGGAAUUUGGGAAGGCAUCAAGAGUCGUUAUUGGACAUUGGAUACCUAUCGGUUGCCAAUUUGUCGAUUCUUGUCGUGA